AUGAAUGAGUCAAGGUGUGACCCUGGAGUUAAAGUUGCAAGACUUCAUCAAGCGAUAUUUGGUAAAAAUCCUGCAUCCGGCUUGCAUGUGAGUGGAAAACCUGUUAAGUAUUAUGAAGAAGUUCGGAUUUGCCUACCAGAUUACAGAAAUUCUAUUUUGUCCAGUAACUCUCCAGAUACCGUAGUUGUGAAUCACGUCAAAUGGAACUUUAGUCAUGCUGAGCUACCCCACUUCAAGGUACAGCUGAAAAAACAUGCUGAUUCAAGCUACGGUAUUUUUAUACGCCGUGGUCUAUUGGUCAAACGUUUCCACUUAACGAAUGAUGGAUUUAUUCUAGAGAACCGUUCUGAAGUCCUUCUGACAGAUUAUGGCGUGCAGAAUCUUUCCUGUGGCUUACUUCCAGGUGAUUAUCUUGUAGCUGUUGGGGACAAGCCUGUUGGAUCGAUUUCUCGUAACGAAGUUUUGCAAUUGAUCCGCUCCACUGACCUUUGUCUGUCUUUGACUGUACAGUCUCUUCCUGAAUUUACCGAUUUCUUCUAUCGCCUAGUGCUUACUCCCCAGCCUGGACUUGAGCAUUUAAAAACUGAACAAGAAUAUGGACAAGACAACUUUUAUCACAUAACUCCGGUUUCUGUUCGGGGCUACGCUGUUAAGUACGGAAGCUUCCAAAACUUAUAUCUACAUUUACAAAAAAUAAAACCAGAUACACUUGAAAACUCAUCUUUUGAUGCUGUACAUACCAUAAAACGUAAACCUAAUAAUAAUAAUAAUCAUGAAUAUGUGCAAUCUGUAUAUGACGAAGAUAAUAAUCAAACAGAUUUCCCAGUUUGGAUCACAUUCAAACAAGGAUAUGUUUCUGGAAAAUUUCUUAGUUCACUACCAAAUGGACGAUGUCGUGUGAUCAUUCUACCAGGACAAGAAGUAAUUGAAGUGAAUCCUGAAGAUGUUGAACGUGCGAAUCCGCCUCGUUUCGAUCGUGUUGAUGAUUUAAUUAAAUUGCGUUAUAUUAAUGAAUCCAGUGUAACACAUUCAUUUAUUCAACGAUAUGGAUCUGGUCUAAUAUUCACUUAUGCCUCAGGCAUCAAUCUAAUCAGUAUUAAUCCAAUGAUGCCUUUGAAUAUUUAUUCAGAUAAAGUGAUGGAUUUAUUUACUAACUGUCAAGUACGCUAUGAUAUGCCACCGCAUGUAUACUCUGUGGCACAAUUAAUUUUGGCUCGUUUAAAACGACGUUUAUUCUACACCAUAGUUACUAUGGAACAACAACAAAAUCAUGUCAAUGGAAACCCAGUGUAUCAUUUACCAUGUUCUUUAAGUCAACAAGUUUUAUGCUUGUUGGGUCGUUCUGGUUCUGGUAAAACACACAUCUCUAAUGAUGUAUUCACUUACAUGAUUUAUCAAUCUGAGAAAUCGAUUAAUCUUUUUAAUCACUCAAAUAAUAAUGGUAAUAACAGCAUCAUAUCAAGUAAAAUCAAUGAAUGUCGUUUACGUGCACUCUUCAAUAUGCUUGAUUCAUUCACCUGUUCACGUAUUAUUCUCAACACUAAUGGAAGUCGAGCAUUACGUUUAUUCUCAUUAGAAUUUGCUAAUAUCCAUUCUUUGCCAAUAGUUAAUCAGCCGGAAGAUAUUAGUUUAAUUGUAACAGGUCUGACAACAAGAUUAUUAUUAUUUGAACGUAGUCGUGUCACUGAUCGUCCUGAAGGGGAACCUAAUUUCCAUAUAUUUUACUAUAUGUUAGCCGGUUUGGAUGAAGAGUCAAGACGCGAAUUAUUUCUAACUGAUCUGGAUGUGCCAAACUUGUUUAUGACUCGUUUACAUCGUCCUGAAGAUAAAAUAUCAGCUAAAAAAUUUUGGCAACAAUUAUGUCAUGAUGCUGAAUUAUUACAAUUUGAUAUAAAAAAUGAAUGGUUAACAGGGGGAAUAACACGUUUAUUAGCUGUAAUUUAUCAUUUAGGCUGUGCUGGAUAUUGUAAUGAAUUAAAUGAAAAAAAUUUAUUAUAUUUUACAAAUUAUCAAUCAGCUCAAUAUGCUGCUUAUUUACUACAUUGUUCAUUGGAUACUUUAAAUGAACUUAUUUUUUAUCCAGUACUUCGUAAACCAACAACAAAUCAUUAUUAUUAUCAUCAUCAUCAUAUUGAGAAUAUUAAUGAUAAUCAAUAUUGUAUAAAAUGGACUGCUAAAAAUUGUUUACAUGCAUUUGUACAAGAUCUUUACAAUAUGAUUAUUGAUAUAUUAAUUAGUUUAAUUAAUCGUUGUUUGUCUACACCGAAAUCAGAUUUAUCUAGUCAAUUUAAUGUUGUAGCUCAAUUAAUUCUAGUUGAUCCAGUUGGAUUUCAAAUACCAUAUUCUAAAACAUCGAUUGUAUCACCAUCUUCAUCAAUAUCACCACCAACAGCAAAACUAUCAUCGGAAAGUAAUGAGAUGCAUAAAACUGGAAAUUUCACCGAUUUAAUUUUUAAUUAUGCUUAUGAAUGCUUUAAUCAACUUUAUUUUGAUAGUAAUAUUCUGCUGGAUGAACAACGUUUGAAACAUGAUGGUCUAACUUCACCUAUUCCAUAUGAAAAUUUUUGUCGUACAAAGAAUAUUUUAAAUUUUAUUGACAAUACUACACUGUCUGAGACUCCAGAUUCUUUUCCAAUUAAAAAUCUAACUACAACUAAUAAUGAUGUAUGUAAUAAUACAAUGUUCCCUGGUUUAUUUUGUCUGUUGGAUUCAGUUGCUCAAAACGGUGAAUUUUCUCAUUUAUAUGACACACUCAGUCAAAUGUAUCAAACACAGCGAAAAUUAUAUGAAAAUCGAGAUUUACGAAGUAUUCGUCGAUUCAAACGUAAUGGAUCAUCGUUUGUAUUAAAUCAUAAUUUAUCUACUACUCCAAUUGAAUAUGCACCGAAUUGGAGUUGGUUCGCACCUUAUCAUCGAUCAUCAGCUAGUCUUAAAAAACUUAUAAAUUUCUUAGAACAAUCUUCAGUUAAAUCCUUACGUAACCUUGUCAAUGUGUUAAAUUAUAAAGAAGAUUAUUUAAGUUCUUUUCUACCAAAUAGUUCAAGUCAUAUUGGUGUUUAUUCUGAAGUAAAAUCUAUAAUGGAUACAUUAACACGUUCUUUAUAUGAUUGUGCUGCACACAAUGCUUCAUAUAAUCCAAAUGAUCCUGGAUCUGGUUUUAAUGACGGUGGUCCACCAAGUGGUAUGCAUUGGAUUCACUGUUUUUUACCUGUAUCUACAGCUGGUCUAUGUGAAUUAAAUGAAGAAAUACCUCUUAAUCAAUUGAUGCAAACAAAUUAUCCCUCUAAUGAUCGUCUUGCAAAUAACGACAAUCAUACUAAUGAUGAGGACAUUAAUCAUAAUACAUCCAACUCAUAUUUAUCUGAAUUAAUGAAACGUUAUCCAAAUAAAAAUUUAGUAUUUAGUCCAGCACGUAUAUGUGUCAAUCUAAUACGUGCACAAAUUCGUGGUAUUGAAUUAAUUAAUACUCUACAAGCGGUUAAACAAAGUUAUCCGGAUAGAUUAUCUCUAAAAGAAUUUUGUAAUCGAUUUGUUUCAUUAUUACCAAAUAGUUCGAAAAUAAGAGAAUUAAAACAGAAUGAAUCAUUGAAUAAAGCCAUUGUUCAUGAAAUCCUGAAUUCACUUCAUUAUUCACCAGAAACAUUUCAACUUGGUAGUAAUAAUAUAUAUCUUCGAACAUUUAUCAUUCCACAACUUAUUCAUCGAUUAUCUUAUUCUCCUGAAAUAUCUAUUGACCAAGAAUUGAUCCAUGUUCAACCCGAUUGUAAAUCAUUUAUCAUUGACUGUUGCAAUGAACAACAAGUUGUGAUAAAAGAAGAUAAAAUCAAUCCUCAUAUUGUACCAAAGUACACAAAUGCUGAGGAACGUGCAUGUAACGUUGAGAUAAAUGAAAAGCAUAUAAACGCUUCCAUAAGUGUAUCAUCGAAUAAAAAUAAUACCAUGUAUAAAGUUGGGUCAGUUUCCACGUUGAAAGUGGAUGAUGAUUCUACAAUUCAAUGUGAAAAAUCUGAAAGUUUGAAAUCAACUAUGAUGAAAUGCGAAGAGUUGGAACCAACACAUAAAGAACAUGUUGAUUCACAAAGCACCACGAUGAUUGAUAAGGAAUUUACAUUAAGCAAACGUGGAAAACGUUCUAUAUCUAUUUCACGAGAUACUGAUUCAAAUCAAACGUAUAAAUGCGGUUCUGUCCUAUUGGUUGGUUCAUCGGAAACUAUAAAGCAGAAUCCAGAAGAUAAUAAUAUCGAACCAAAGAAUAAUUCAGUAAUAAUGAAUAAAGAAAUUUCCUUGGACAAUCCAACUUCUUACCAUUCUUCAUCACUAAAUAUUUCAACAGGAGUUGAAUCAAAACAUAAUACUCAACCUAUAACAAUUUCAUAUGAUUCUGUAACAAAUGAUCUUAAUGUUGACUUAAAAGAUAUGGGUAAACAAGUGAAGCCUAGGAAAAACACACUACAUUCAUCAUUCUUUACUGAUAAUAAAUCUGAAAAACAAAUUUUAAUUCAAACCAAUCGCUUGACUCCUUCGUUUAAUGCUGCGGAAUCUGAUCAGAAUAAUCAAGAGAAAGUUUCAACAGAUUUGUUGUCACAAGAGGUUUGUCCAGGUCAACUUCAGUCAAAUUCAUUAUUGAAUGGUAAAACUGGAUGCAUUACUCAGAAUGAUAUUAAUAAGCCUGUAACACCAGAUUUACCGCCUAUUUCACAAUUAACAAUCAAAUUAGAUAAUGAUAAUCAAUUAAAUCAUUCUGAUAAUGAAUUAAUUAAAAUAAAACAUGAAUAUGCUAAAGCAUUAGAACAAUUAGCUGAAGAAAAUCGUAUACAAGCUGAACAACAAACUAAUGUGAUAAGCUUAAAAUUGGAACAAGCUGAGAAAAGACAUCUUCUCCUACUGGAAUCAUUGAAAAAUUCAUCUGGACAAGAUACACAGAACAAUACUACUGCAGAAUAUACAGUUUUAUAUCCAGAUGCUCCAGAACCCCUAUUAACUGAAUUAAAUCAAUUACGUUCGGCUAAUCAGCUAUUAAAAUUACAAUUAACGGAUUUACAAAACACCAUAUCAGAUUUAAAAAAAGAUUUAGAAACUGCUUAUGCAAAUCAUCAAAAAGCUGAAAAAACUAUUGAAAAAUUACGCAUUGAUAUAACACGUAUGCAAGAUGAAUAUGAAGCGGAUUAUGAAGCAAAUCGUACAGCAAAUCAAGUCAAAUUACGUCAAUUAGAAGAAACAAUGAGUAUAGUACAAGAAGAAAAUACACGUUUAAAAAGAGAUAAACAUCAGUUAGAAUUGGAAGUGUCUACAUUGAAUAUCGAAUUAUCAAAUGCUUCUAAUGAUGGUGAUAUCGAACAUAAGUUAAGAAAAGAAUUGAAAAUAGUUAAAAGUUUACUAGCUGAAAAAGAAGCAUUAAUCAUUGAAUUAUCUUCAAAUCCUAGUGAUUCACAAAGUCAAAUUACGAAACUACGUGAUCGGGUUGAUGAACUGGACGAAUUAAAUGAAAUACUGAAUCGUCAAAAACGUGCUUUGCAGAGUGAUUUAGAUGAGAUCCAACAACAGCUUGCCAGUGCUCUACGCACACAAAAAGAGUUUGAAGAAGAUUUGUCUCGGUCGAAACGUCAAUUUUUAGAUUUACAAAAUCAAUUUACUGAUCAAGAAGAAGCUCAUAAAGAAACACGUGAUAAAUUACAAAAUGCAACAGCUAGUUUAACAAUAAAAGAGGCUACAAUUCAAGCGCAGAUACAAGAAAUUGAUGAAUUUUUAAUCGAGCGGAAAAAAAUGCAAACACAAAUAGACGAGUUGAAAUUGAAAUUGAAUACUAAUAAUAUCGAUCAAGUUCCUCGUAGUGAGCUAGAACGUUUAGAAGCGAAAAUUCGUGAAUUAGAACAACGUUUAGAUAUUGAAACUAGUAAUCGAGUACGUAUUCAAUAUUCACUUGAUCGUGCCAAAGAAACAAUCGAUCAGUUGACAAAUGAACGUGAUAAACUAAUAAUUAUUGAAGCUAAUGAACGUGAACAAAAUCGUAAAUUAUCUAGACAACUACGUGAAGCACAACAAGAUGAAAACGAAGCAACUAGACGUGCUACAACAGCUCAACGACGAGCUGAGGAAGCACAAAUGGAUGCUAACAAAGCAAUGCAUGAAGCAUUAUGUUCACGUGCUGAAAUGAAUGCUUUAUUGAGACGUACACAAGAUUUAGAAGCAUUAAUUAAAUCGAAACAAAGUGAAUCAGAUUAUGAAGAUCUUUUAAAUUGUAAUUCAUCAGGUGAAGAUCUUAUUUUAAAUAAAUUUACAAAAGGAUCACAAGAUUUUCUGCUACGUCCAAAUCCAAAAUACCGUAAUCGUUUGCUUCGCGGUUCGCAUCAACUCUUAUUAAAUCGUGCAUUUUCUGACGAUAAUCUUCCCUAUUUUCCAAAUCGUUUAUCAGAUCAUCUGGUCACAACUAUUAAAAAUUUCCAAUCAGCUUUUAGUGAAUCAUCACAUCUCAAUUCUUCUAUUGAUAAUAAGAACUUCAAAAAUUCAAAAGAAUAUUCAAUAAAAGAUAAACCGAAUAAUUCUGUAUUAUUAUCACAAACAAGAUCUGCCUCUCCAAUUGUCUCUUUGUCAAAUAAGAAUCGUAAUUUCACUGGGAAUACUUAUUUAUAUACAAACAAGUUAAUAUCUUCAGAAGAUAGAUUUUUCAAUUCAUCUAAUUAUACUUCGAUGAAUAGUUUCGAAACAACAAAUGGUUGUGAUCAUAACAUAGACUCGACUAGUAAUAAUAGUAAUAAUAAUAAUAACAAUAAUGAUAAUAAUAAUAAUGAUAAUAGCAAUGGUCAAAUUUGUAGCAAAUCGAAUGGAUCAUUAAUAUUUUCUUCAAAUAUACGCGUUUUAACGUCGCCAAAAUUUAAACAAUCAGUUACUAUUAAACAUGUUCAGUCUGACAAUAUAUGUAAACCAAGCAUGGAUGUAGUCAGUAUUACAGAUAGUAAAAAUAGUAUUAAUAAUAAUGAUAAACUUCUUGCUAUUCCUUAUAAUAACCGUAGUUCUAUCGAUUCGCAAAAUAACGACGUCAAUGACAAUAUUCCUACUACUACUAUUACAAUUACUAGUAGUGAAAUAACAACACGUAAUGAAUCACCGUCUGCGUCAUUAUCGUCUACUGAGUCAUUUCGUAAUUUAGAUCACUUACAUAAGACUAACUUAGAAAUUCAUUAUCAUGAUAAAUGAAAUACCAAUCUUUCCAGUUGAAAGGAGGCGGCAAGUGUCUACCUCAUAAAUUAAUUCAGAAAACUCAUCAGUAUGCAUAUUAUCUAAAUAGAUAGUUGUAAUAAUAAUCAUAAUUCAAUCACUAUGCAUUGUGUAUGUCUUAUAUUCCUUUAUUU